AUGCUACAGCAUCUCUGCGACAGUGGUAGCUCGAGCAUCGUCAGGAGACCGUACAGCGUAUCGGCCAACCCGCCCAAGCCACCCAAAGGAAAGCUCAGCAACUCGCCGGGCGUCAUCUUGCUCGGACUGCUCGGUAUAGGCGGGAUCGCCUUUCUCAGCUUCACUCAGGUCGUCGGACGGAGACAGGGACAGUCUGUCGUGCCAGACGCGGAGAAGAAGCCCUACAGACAAGCCCAGACUGCAUUCUCUCCCGAGGAGGUCACGGUCAUCUUCGUGCUGGGCGGUCCUGGCGCUGGCAAGGGCACCCAGUGUGCCAAGCUGGUGGACAAGUACAACUUUGUGCACCUGUCAGGCAAUGUAGCGGGCGAUCUGCUACGAGCAGAGCAAGAUCGGGAGGGGAGCGAGUAUGGCCAGAUGAUCAAAGACUACAUCAAAGAGGGGAACAUCGUACCUAUGGAGGUCACCAUCAAAUUACUCGAGAACGCAAUGAAAGAGAGUAUCAAGAAGGACGAGAAGCAGGAGUCCCGCUUCCUCAUCGAUGGGUUUCCUCGCAAGAUGGACCAAGCCGUCAAAUUCGACGAUUCGGUCGUGCCGGCCAAGAAAGUGCUCUUUCUCACCUGUCCCGAGUCGACGCUGCUCGAGAGAUUGCUCGAGCGGGGCAAGACAAGCGGGAGAGCGGACGACAACGAGGAAAGCAUCAAGAAACGUUUCAAAACGUUCAUCGACACGUCGAUGCCUGUCGUUGAUGAGUACAGGAAGCAGGGCAAAGUUAUCGAGGUUGAAUCGGUCGGCAAGAUUGAUGACAUCUUUGAGAAGAUCUGUGCAGGCUUAGAUCCUGUUAUCUCAUGA